AUGGGUGUCUCUAUUGAUUUCCAUCGGCAUACAAUUGACAUUAGCCACCGUUCCAAUGUGGAUAAGGAGUUUAACUUUCCAUUUGGAAGCUUAAUCAUGAAACUGGCCCUUAAGGCUAAGAUUCCUUUUAGGGACAAUGAGCCCACAAUGAAGAUGGUUGGGUCUAUUUCUGUUGUAACUGUGGUUAAGUCUGAGGCUAUGUUGACAAAGAAGAGACCUCACACCAUCGAGUCAACCUCCUCUCCUCCAGAGUCAUUAUCCCCAUCUCCAAGUCAUGGAGAGCGUGAUGGAUUCAGAUGUGAAGUAGAUACCCCUUCACUGCCUGAUGACAAAAAGCAGGACUUGAAUACUCUUUUAUGGAACCCUGCAACCAAAGAAACAAAAGUUGUCCCUGUAUCAAACUUGCCUGGCCUUCCUGCCAACUAUCGUGCCAGCCCUAACGGCAUUGGAUUUGGUUUUGAUGCCAAAACUCACAACUACAAGAUAAUCAGAAAUUUUCGAUUCUUCGAACGCUACCCUAACUUAGACGAGUAUGAAAUGGGACUCGUAGACGAGAAUGAAAUGGGAGUCAUGUUCUAUAGCGAGGUAUAUAGCUUAAGGACUGACUCUUGGACACAAGUUGACAGCCUCCCUUUUAGUAUUUGGACUGCUUGGGGAGGUAUGAAGACAAACCUGAAUGGGAUUGGUAAUUGGUGGGCAUCAGAAAGUGAUUGGGAAGGUAUUUUGUCAUUUGACAUAGCCAAGGAAGUAUUCCUAAUAACUCCGAUGCCGGAUGAUAGCCUUAUAUAUAAUGGAUAUCGAUAUGAUGUUGAAUAUUUCUUGUUGAAUGAGUUGGUUGCUGUGGCUAUUAGUUGGAAAAAUAGACAUGCGGACGGGUCACCUAUGUGUUGGGAUGUAUGGUUAUUACAUAAAUAUGGGGUUAGGGAGUCUUGGACAAAGCUGUUCAGGGUUGGCCCUCUUACAGGAAUUUGUAGACCAUUAGAAUUUUGGAGGAAUGACAUCAUAUUCUUGGAAAAAGAUGGAGAGCUGGCUUUGUAUGACGUCUCUACCAAAGAGAUGAUGACUAUUCUUCAAAUUGAUGGAGAUCAAGUAUUCUCGUUUCAGGUCAUUAGUUACAUGGAAAGCCUAGUUUCCAUUAGUGGAUUAAUUAAUUAA